GUGAAUGAAUCUUCCUAAAAGGAAAACAAACAAUUUGGUGUUCCAGCGUUUGCACAUGCUGGCUGUCCGGUGCUGGUGGUGAAUUGCGCCGGCACCAGAUCGCAAUUCUAAUUAUACAUUUCGCACGUUCUCUCUGCGUUCAUGUGUAAACAUGUGGUCCGGUAUUCUCAGAGAUUAGUUACCUCCCAAAGAUCGCUCGUCUUCGACAAGGAAUGGGUUGCAUCAGCUCAGUCAUAUUCUACAUUUGGCGUUAUUAACUGGCUCCGAGGUGUCACUUAUAAUUAUUUUCACCGUUUUUGCAAUGGCAAACGCUUUGGAUUCGAUUUCAUUGACAAGUCAACAGUUUGUGAUGCACCUACCGCGUCCACCCGUAAGUGGUGAUGAAAUAAGUCUGAAAGUGAAACUUAAAGAUGACUUCGAAAGAUUCUCCGUCAACCUGUGCCAGGAACGCACCGAAGGCAAUCAUCAUCAAGCGGAAGCUGAUCGAAUCGUGUACCAUUUUGGGCUUCUAUCCGAACGCCUUACCGGAACCGAUUCCUGUGCCGUCCUUCAAAAUCACAAAAACUCCAGAUGGAGCGAUCUGGGAUCGGUCAGCUCCGACGAAGGUUUCUGUAGCUUUCCUUUCCUGUAUCUGAUCUUCCGGUUUCAAAUCGAGGGCAUAAAAGUGUUCGUGGACGAUACGCAACAUUCGCCGGACUACGAGCAUGACACGGAGUUUCCAAUCGAAACGAUUCGUACCGUUGAACUUUGGGAUGACCUGGACCGGAUAGAGGAAAUCACUUUGCGGUAUGCCGAAAGAUCAUGAGGUCGAGAGACUUUUCUCUGAAAUUGAAAUCAAGUAUUCCCCCAGUUAGUCGGAAGAUGUAAUAAACCAGCAGCAGCGAUUGAGAUGGUGAAUCAUUUUUGUUUAUACAAAGACGCGCUUCAAGAUUACGGUACUGUAUGCUGCGGGGUUUUGAGCGUUUUUGUAGUAAAUGGUACAUUAUCGCGUUGGAAUUAUUUAAAAAUGUUACUUAUACCGUACCUUUUCAAUGUUCUACUCU